GCGACGUGGCUGGCCGGAAGUUGGCUGUGCGGAACCGCAGCCGGAUUGCCGCCGUUCCCUGCACGGGUCUACCCGAGGGCUGUUGCGUUGCGCCCCGCCGGCACUACCAUGCUGAAGAAAUUCGACAAGAAAGACGAGGAAUCGGGUGGAGGCUCCAACCCGUUCCAGCAUCUUGAGAAGAGUGCAGUACUCCAGGAGGCCCGAGUAUUUAAUGAAACUCCCAUCAACCCUCGAAAAUGUGCCCACAUCCUCACCAAGAUCCUUUACCUCAUAAACCAGGGGGAGCACCUAGGGACCACCGAAGCAACCGAGGCCUUCUUUGCCAUGACCAAGCUCUUUCAGUCCAAUGAUCCCACACUCCGUCGGAUGUGCUAUUUGACCAUCAAGGAGAUGUCUUGCAUUGCUGAGGAUGUUAUUAUCGUCACCAGCAGCCUGACAAAGGACAUGACUGGGAAAGAAGACAACUACCGGGGCCCAGCUGUGCGUGCCCUCUGCCAGAUUACUGAUAGCACCAUGCUGCAGGCUAUUGAGCGCUACAUGAAACAGGCCAUUGUGGACAAGGUGCCCAGUGUCUCCAGCUCUGCCCUGGUGUCUUCUCUGCACCUGCUGAAGUGCAGCUUUGAUGUGGUCAAGCGCUGGGUGAAUGAGGCCCAGGAGGCUGCAUCCAGCGACAACAUCAUGGUCCAGUACCAUGCUCUGGGGCUCCUGUACCAUGUGCGUAAGAACGACCGCCUGGCUGUCAAUAAGAUGAUCAGCAAGUUCACCCGGCAUGGCCUCAAGUCUCCCUUUGCCUACUGCAUGAUGAUCCGGGUGGCCAGCAAGCAGCUGGAGGAGGAGGACGGCAGCCGGGACAGCCCACUGUUUGAUUUCAUUGAGAGCUGUCUGCGCAACAAGCAUGAGAUGGUGGUAUAUGAAGCUGCCUCAGCCAUCGUCAAUUUGCCAGGCUGCAGCGCCAAAGAGCUGGCCCCGGCCGUGUCAGUGCUCCAGCUUUUCUGCAGCUCACCUAAAGCCGCUCUCCGCUACGCUGCUGUCCGCACCCUCAAUAAGGUGGCCAUGAAGCACCCGUCCGCGGUGACAGCCUGCAAUCUGGACCUGGAGAACCUGGUGACAGACUCAAACCGCAGCAUCGCCACGCUGGCUAUCACCACGCUCCUCAAGACUGGCAGCGAGAGCAGCAUCGACCGCCUCAUGAAGCAGAUCUCAUCCUUCAUGUCAGAGAUCUCAGAUGAGUUUAAGGUGGUGGUGGUCCAGGCCAUCAGUGCCCUGUGUCAGAAGUAUCCUCGCAAACAUGCUGUGCUCAUGAACUUCCUGUUCACCAUGCUACGGGAAGAGGGUGGAUUUGAGUACAAGCGGGCCAUCGUGGACUGCAUCAUCAGCAUCAUUGAGGAGAACACGGAGAGCAAGGAGACCGGGCUGUCACACCUGUGCGAAUUCAUUGAGGACUGCGAGUUCACUGUGCUGGCCACCCGCAUCCUGCAUCUUCUAGGCCAGGAGGGGCCCAAGACCAACAACCCCUCCAAGUACAUCCGCUUCAUUUAUAAUCGCGUGGUCUUGGAGCAUGAGGAGGUCCGGGCAGGUGCUGUGAGUGCUCUGGCCAAGUUUGGAGCCCAGAAUGAAGAGAUGUUACCCAGUAUCUUGGUGUUGCUGAAGAGGUGUGUGAUGGAUGAUGACAAUGAAGUAAGGGACCGAGCCACCUUCUAUCUCAAUGUCCUGGAGCAGAAGCAGAAGGCCCUCAAUGCAGGCUAUAUCCUAAAUGGUCUGACUGUUUCCAUCCCUGGUCUGGAGAGAGCCCUGCAGCAGUACACUCUAGAACCAUCAGAAAAACCUUUUGACCUCAAGUCUGUGCCCCUGGCGACCACACCAAUGGCAGAGCAGAGAACAGAAAGUACCCCCAUCACAGCCACCAAGCAGCCCGAGAAAGUGGCAGCCACCCGGCAAGAGAUCUUCCAGGAGCAGUUGGCGGCAGUGCCAGAGUUCCACGGGCUGGGGCCCCUCUUCAAGUCGUCUCCUGAGCCUGUGGCCCUCACUGAAUCAGAGACUGAGUAUGUCAUCCGCUGCACCAAACACACCUUCACUGACCACAUGGUGUUCCAGUUUGACUGCACAAACACACUCAACGACCAGACUUUGGAGAACGUCACAGUGCAGAUGGAGCCCACUGAAGCCUAUGAGGUGCUCUGUUACGUGCCUGCCCGAAGCUUACCCUACAACCAGCCUGGGACCUGCUACACAUUGGUCGCACUGCCCAAGGAGGACCCUACAGCUGUGGCCUGCACAUUCAGCUGCAUGAUGAAGUUCACUGUCAAGGACUGUGACCCCACCACUGGGGAGACCGAUGAUGAAGGCUAUGAAGAUGAAUAUGUGCUGGAAGAUCUGGAAGUCACUGUCGCUGAUCACAUCCAGAAGGUCAUGAAGCUGAACUUUGAAGCAGCGUGGGAUGAGGUAGGGGAUGAGUUCGAGAAGGAGGAAACAUUCACCUUGUCUACCAUCAAGACACUUGAAGAGGCUGUGGGCAAUAUCGUGAAAUUCCUGGGAAUGCACCCUUGUGAGAGGUCAGACAAAGUGCCAGAUAACAAGAAAAACACCCAUACGUUGCUCCUGGCUGGAGUGUUCCGGGGAGGUCAUGACAUCUUGGUGCGCUCCCGUCUGCUGCUUUUGGACACAGUAACAAUGCAGGUGACGGCCAGAAGUUCAGAGGAGCUGCCAGUAGACAUCAUCUUGGCGUCUGUGGGCUAAGAGGCCAGGCUGCAUGAGCCCUACUCCUACCCUUUUCUCCCCAACACUACGCAGAAGUCAUGCCUUUAUCCUGAAUCCAGUGGAAACUCCUUCCCAAGGCUCUGUAUCAAAAACAAUUAGAAAUCACUGGGGAAAUUUUUUUUUUUUUUUUUUAAUUUAACCCCUGCCCCAGGACUGCCAGGGGGUAACGUUUUUUUCUUUUUUUAAAUAGGGGAUGAUUUUAGCUUGUCCUAGAACCUGCUGCCGGGCCUGUCAGGGUAGGGACAUUACAAAUGAAUAAAAUGCUCGCACUUCCUCCUGAGUUUAUCCCCAGAAAACCAUCAUAUCCAUAUAAAUAAAUCAGCAUGUAUUUAUUGAA